AUGGUGACUCAGACUAUAGUUACCACGAUAUUAUUGAUGAUACGCAGCCCACAGUGGACCGCAGCGCGUACAACAAGCUCAAGGAGGCUAAUCCGACCCAGCACGCCUGUGCGGCAGUAUCGAGCUGUCUGGCCUUCGUACGGCAUCACUACCCCGGUUCCCGAUCAUUAUCCACAUUCAAAGGCUCCGUUCUGCUUCCAGACAGGCUACGCUCUCUGCGCCAAACGGCUGUCGCGCCCGUUUCCCCCACCCUUCCUAUCUCCGCCGUCGUCCUCCUUUUCCGACCCCCUGACAACCCACUACCAGAGUCAGGAUAAGAGAUUAUCCGUUCGGGGUGAACUGGUCCGCGGGCUGAACAACGGUGAUGAUGCAGUGCUUGUUGCAGACAAUUUCAUCGGGGUGAACGAUGGCGUGGGGGCGUGGGCUACAAAAGAACGGGGUCAUGCUGCGCUUUGGUCUCGAUUAUUGCUUCACUUCUGGGCCCUGGAGGCCGAACGAGAAGUCGACAAAACCUCAAAACUAGAUCCGAUCGAGUACCUACAACGAGCCUACGAGGAGACGAUCCGUGCGACGACCUCUCCGAAUGAAUGGCUGGGCACCACAACGACGGUGACUGCGCUUUUACACUGGACUGUGGACAAUGCGGGAAAUGCAAAGCCCUUGCUCUACGUGACCAACUUGGGAGAUUGCAAAGUGCUUGUUAUCCGUCCGAGCGAGGGAAAGGUCCUGUUUCGAACUACCGAACAAUGGCACUGGUUCGACUGUCCUAUGCAACUAGGCACAAAUAGUGUGGACACACCACGGAAGGACGCAGUGCUUUCUGAGGUUCAGCUAGAGGAGGAUGACCUCGUGCUGGCUGUGUCUGAUGGAGUUCUUGAUAAUCUUUGGGAACAUGAGGUCUUGACGAUCACGCUCGACAGCCUCAAGAAAUGGGAUGAAGGACAUUUCGAGGAGAAGGAUCUCUACUGGGAUCCCCCGGCCCACCUGGCAGAUGAACGUAUGGUAUUCGUAGCCAGAGAGCUGCUCAAAGCUGCGCUGGCUAUCGCUCAGGAUCCAUUUGCAGAGAGCCCAUAUAUGGAGAAGGCUAUCGAGGAGGGCUUGGCCAUCGAAGGGGGAAAAAUGGAUGACAUUAGCGUUGUCGUCGGCGCCUGUAAGAAGAGAGAGCGUUGA